AUCAGCCCAGAGGACGCAGCAGCCCUCUACUCUGACAUGGUUCUGGGCCGCGAGUUUGAGGAGAUGUGCGCCCAAAUGUACUACCGCGGCAAGAUGUUUGGCUUCGUGCACCUCUACUCCGGCCAGGAGGCGGUGUCCACUGGCGUGAUCAAGGCGUGCCUGCGCAAGGACGAUUUCAUCUCCUCCACCUACCGCGACCACGUGCACGCCCUGUCCAAGGGGGUGUCCGCCCGCAAGGUCAUGGCCGAGCUGUUUGGCAAGAAGACGGGCGUGUCGCGCGGCCAGGGCGGCUCCAUGCAUUUGUUCGACCGCGAGCACGGCCUGCUGGGCGGGUAUGCCUUCAUCGGCGAGGGCAUCCCCAUCGGCCUGGGCGCCGCCUACCAGGUUGCGUACAGCCGGCGCGUGCUGGGCAACGAGAGCGACGACCGAGUGGCGGUCAACUUCUUCGGGGACGGCACCUGCAACGUCGGCCAGUUCUACGAGUCCCUCAACAUGGCCACCCUCUACAAGCUGCCCUGCAUCUUUGUGGUGGAGAACAACAAGUGGGCCAUCGGCAUGAACCAUCCGCGCGCGACCGCGCCCUCGGGCAUCGCCGACAAUGAGCCGUGGAUCUACAAGAAGGGCCCCGCCUUUGGCAUGCCGGGCGUGCACGUGGACGGCAUGGAUGUGAUGAAGGUGCGUGAGGUGGCCAUGGAGGCUGUAGAGCGGGCGCGGCGCGGCGAGGGCCCCACCCUGAUUGAGGCGGAGACGUACCGCUACCGCGGCCACUCGCUGGCCGACCCGGAUGAGCUGCGCCGCAAGGAGGAGAAGGAGCACUACGCGGCCCGCGACCCCAUCCCCCAGUUUGCCAAGUACAUGGUCGCCAACGGCCUGGCCACCGAGAGCGACAUCAAGGCGCUGGAGGCCAAGGUGAAGGAGGUGGUGGACGACUGUGUGGAGUAUGCGGAGAACUCGCCCAAGCCGGACAUGAGCCAGCUGCUGGAGAAUGUGUUUGCUGACCCCAAGGGCUUUGGUAUCGGCCCCGACGGGCGCUACCGCUACGAGAACCCGGGCUUCACCGCCGGCACCGCAGAGGUGUCGUAAGCAGCUGGACCUGCCUGUCGCCUGGCCCCCACCUCGUACCCUGUGUGACACGUGUGACAGCUCAGCAGGCGGCUCUGGAGCGGCCCCCGUUGCCGCACUACCCCCCAUUUCAUUUGCUUCAUCCCUCCAGUGAGGCGCCCGGCCUCACCUCCCUCGGUUUCUCCUCGGGCCGCCCUCACGUCGCCCCUACGCUGCCGCAGCGCGGCGAGCCAGGGCGCCCUUACCUCUGCGCUUUGCUUGUUUUUGGGGGCGCUCUGCAGCCGCCUCUGGUGUGAGGGUGUUGCUUUGGGCGCACUCUCUGCAACCACACCACCUCUUCCCCCGCCUGCACUCCUCUCCCUCCCCCCCUUGCCGUCAGCUUGCGGUCGGACCCUUUCCUCCCUGGUGCGCUGUGCCCUGCAUCAUCUGUCCAUGCAUGUAUACCUACCAGCCACCCCAUGAAAUGAGAACUAACUGAUACUGUGUGUAAAGCCUCGAGGC